GCGAUCCCCGGCCGAACACCAAGAAGAAGAGAAGAUGUCCGACCGUGCCGCGCUCUUGAACAAGUUCACCGAUUCGAAGAACCGCUAUGAGCGUGUCAGCUCGCGCUUCCAGACGCUCCGCGCCGAGAAUGACCGUCUCGAGCGCGACAUCAACAAGUCGGAGAAUGACCUGAAGGCCCUGCAGUCCGUCGGUCAGAUCGUCGGCGAGGUGCUGAAGCAGCUUGACGAUGAGCGCUUCAUCGUCAAGGCUUCCAACGGCCCGCGCUAUGUGGUUGGCUGCCGGACCCGCAUCGACAAGACCAAGCUCACCCAGGGCACGCGCGUGUCUCUGGACAUGACCACUCUGACCAUCAUGAAGAAGCUGCCUCGUGAGGUCGACCCUCUUGUGUACAACAUGGCCGUUGAGGAUCCCGGUGACGUGCCAUACAGCGCCGUCGGUGGUCUGCAGGAGCAGAUCCGCGAGAUUCGCGAAGUCAUCGAGCUUCCCCUCAACAACCCGGACCUCUUCCUGCGCGUGGGCAUCAAGCCGCCCAAGGGUGUUCUCCUGUACGGCCCGCCCGGUACCGGCAAGACCCUGAUCGCUCGUGCGAUUGCGUCCAAUGUCGACGCCAACUUCCUGAAGGUCGUGUCCUCGGCCCUGGUGGACAAGUACAUUGGCGAGUCGGCCCGCCUGAUCCGUGAGAUGUUCGACUACGCUCGCGACCACCAGCCAUGCAUCAUCUUCAUGGAUGAGAUCGACGCCAUUGGUGGCCGGCGUUUCUCCGAGGGCACGUCGGCCGAUCGUGAGAUUCAGCGCACCCUCAUGGAGCUCCUCAACCAGAUGGACGGCUUCGACGUCCUUGGCCAGGUGAAGAUCAUCAUGGCCACCAACCGUCCUGAUACCCUGGAUCCGGCGCUCAUGCGCCCUGGUCGUCUGGACCGCAAGAUCGAGAUCCCCCUGCCCAAUGAGCAGGGCCGCCUGGAUGUCCUUCGCAUUCAUGCGUCGGUUCUUGCCCGUGGCGAGGAGGAGAUUGACUACGAGGCCAUUGUCAAGCUGUCGGACGGCUUCAACGGUGCCGAUCUCCGGAACAUCUGUACCGAGGCCGGCAUGUUUGCCAUCCGUGAUGAGCGCGACUAUGUCAUUCAGGAGGACUUCAUGAAGGCCACUCGUAAGCUGGCCGAGGCCAAGCAGCUGGAGACCAAGCUCGACUACCAGAAGCUCUGAGCGGAACCCACUCAUGCGCUCGUCAACACGCACACAGCUCUCCUUGUGCCUUGUGCCGUCCUGACGUCGCGACUCUCUCUCUCUCUCUCUC